AUGAAUUUGCGGGCCACUCCGGCCUCUCCCGUUCGGGGUGGAAGAAGGCGGCAUCAGAACUGCACCGACGUGAGCGCAUUCGCUAACGCAGACCCACCUCGCGUAGGGUUACAUACAUCAUACUGUAUAGAUUUUAGUCGAAGCGCCGUAGGCUCUCAACAGUUUGCGACACGUUUUAUGAGCGAUUCGUCGGAAAGUCUUGACCUCCGAGGUUUUGCCCGCCUUCGGUGCACACGAAAAAAAUGUGGCUAUACAGUAUGGACGAGGAGCUCGAGGUUGCCAGUAUCCAACUCUGAACGCUUCCUCCAUUCAGGCUGUAAUAGCACUUGCAACGACACGCGCGAAGAGGAGCUCCUUACACCCUCGAAAACUGUCGAAGUGCGGUCUGAGAUCACGCGUCUCAUGUUGCCGGUGGACUGCCGGGUCCGGUGCAUGGUACGGUAUAGACCCAACUCGCCAUCGCAGAACGGAACGACCGACAUAUUACCGAUAUGCCACUACGGGACAACUCGGCGGUUAGACACCCAGAUCUGUCGGUGGAACGCGAGCCAAUACCUGGACGAAAAUCAAGAGAUAAGGACAUAUGUUUCUACGAAACAAUUGUUCGACCGGACGGCUUGCCAAAUGGUCCGCCUGGGCGGCUUGUGUGGCCAGCAAUUCAGACUCGGAUAUCAUGUCACCGUCUCGCAUCCAAAGUUGUGGAAUAGACGCUUAGUGUCGUAUCCCAACCGCAUGAUCCGUUACAUUUUUUCAUCACUGGACGAUAUCAGAGCCGGAGGACAGAUUAGACCUUCAAGGGGGUGGCAGGGCGUGGAGUGUCCAUCCGUUUUUCGGCCUUACAGGUCCAACUGGCCAACCCGGCACGUAUCUUUCUGGACAUCUGGCCUAAUGCCCCUUAGGGGAGAAGUGGGAUUUGGAAGACCAGGAGCGGCUACAAACGGCAAGUGGGAAGUGGCUCCGACAUCAGUGUUGAAAGCCGUGGCCUUUGAGGAGGCACAGACACUCUUGUCAAUCUUGGGAGAGCUCCAGUUUGCUCAUGCUCGGGGGUGGGACAAUCUGGAUUCAGGCUCCAACUUGUACAGCCUGGUGUACGAGGUCAAUGGCAGCCCCCGAAAGGUUAGAGUUACCUCGCUGGCGCCAGGAACACUACCCGUCGAAAUGGUCAUUGUGAAUGAAUCAUUGAAUGUCGGGUACGCAGGAUCUUCACUUAGCUACCAGUUAACCCUAUCACUGUAUCAACACUGGAUCCAGGAUUCAUCUGUUACAGGAUUCUGCGGCUUCGCUUUUGCUACACAGCCGCAUUACCUGACGAAUUACGACGCGCCGGGCAUGAUAGGCUUCAUUAGACUUGUACUACCUCACUGGGAUUGA